AUGAAGAAAUCAAACGCCAUCGAGUAUCAUCAAGACCACCGGCUUGAGCGACGCAGUACGACCAGCAUCUACGACAGCAAGGGGUCCCCGGCCUCCCCAAAGGCUACAGGCCUCGACCCUCCUUUCUCGCCUUAUAACAACAUCACAGAAUACUCCAGCCUCGUCUUCCCCGUCGCUGUCCAGGAUGAGGGCACGCGCAACCUCUACCGACCCGAGCAGGACAUGCGGCGGUUCCUCUCAGCUGAGCUCCGCACGCACAAGCUCGACCAACUCCACCGCCACCUCUGGCUAGCCGGUCUGCCCCUGCCCGCGCGACCCCUGCAGCGCCAGCGCAUGAUGGGCCGCUCCAUCUUCCUGACGGAGCGGCCCGAUGAACAUCUCGUCUGGCACCAGACCAAGCUGCUCCUGAAACCCUUGCCAGCCUUCCUUCUCUGCCACACCUUCUGGACGGAGCACCUCUGCGGCGACCUUGGCUUGCACCGCAGCGCCAUGGGCCUGUUGCUCAGCUACGCCUGGCUCGUAGGCCACGAGUCCGACUUUGCCCUCGCGCAGCAGUCGGGCCUGCUGCCCGAGGACGUGAGCUGGCCGCGCUGGACGGCCCUGAUGCGCGACUUUGUGCAUCCGGACAACCUCGACCUCGGCAGCCUGCGGCAGGUCGACCGGCGCUACCACUACGGCGAGCUGCGGUUGUCGCGGCUCGACUCGCUCGUGCGCUUCCUGCCGGCCAUGUGGACGCGCCGCCGGUUCGUCGGCGGGUACCUGUCGCGCUCGACCUGGUACCAGGCCUUCUUCGAGCGCAACUUCUCGUGGCUGCUCGCCGCCUUUGUCUUUGUCAGCGUCAUCCUGUCGGCGCUGCAGGUCGGGCUCGGCACGCGGUCCCUGGGCGCCAGCGAGGCGUUCAACGGGCUCAGCUCGGGCCUGGUGCUGAUGGCCAUGGGCGCGGCGUUCCUGGGCAUCGGGGCAGUGUGGGCCGUGUGGUUCUCGCUCUUGUGCUAUCACGUCUUGUCGACGCGGUGCUUGGACAAGAGCGUGCGGCGGGCGAGGGAGCAGACGGUUGAUGAGACGAGAUGA